GCGAAGAAUAUGAAAUCAAGAUGACAAUGAUGAGCCCAGCGCUGUACAGUUACUUCUUUAUUCUUCUUGUGGCCGUUGCUGCCGAAAGCGGCUCUGGUUCUGGAGCAUCACUGGGCUAUGGUACCUGCGCAGAUGCUGAAAUGGAUAUCAGCUUUGAGUGUUUCAUUCAAAUGCCAGUAUUCCAACGCAACUUUUUAAUUUGCAACAUCACCAGGGCAGAAAUGAACCUGAAUGAAGUUAACAUCAGUUUUACUGCGUCUUGCAACAAACCCUGCAAAUGCAGCAUGGCGAGCCAACUCGUAUGCAACUGUACUCUACAGAGCACUGAUAUCAUUGACUCCCUAGAUGUUUGCUUGUUCAUGACAACGAUGAACGCAGAAUGCAAAGCAUGCCAGAAGGUGGAGGCAGUUACUAUCAUUAAACCUGAAGCACCAUUUGGUUUAAAUGUUACAUACCAAGAAAAGGCAAAUGAGUAUUUUGUUCAGUUCUCUACUCCACACUCAUCAGGAUCAUACCUUCAUAACAAAUUAAUACAUGAAUUAGACUACCGGCAGAAAAACAAACCCUGGUCUACCAAAGGGUCUGGUUAUACUACAUUAAAACUUCUGGGAAAGGACUUCCAGCCAGGAGCAAUGUACGAAAUGAGAGUCCGGUCAAAGCCCAAUGGAGAUUAUUUCAAAGGCUCAUGGAGUGAAUGGAGCUGUUCUACAUACUUUGAUACUCCAGCCAUCGUGUCGGAUGAAAUAAGUAAGUAUGACAUUAUCAAGAUAACAAUAUCCAUCGUGGCCUUUGUUAUGCUGUUCAUUCUAAUUUCUCUCAUCCCAAAAUUUUGGAAAAACAGGAUCAAACCCAUUGUGUGGCCCACACUCCCUAACCAUGAGAAAACUUUGGAUAAAUUAUUCCACAAACUGAGAAAGAAUUCUGAUGCAAGUUUCUUCAACCCAGAGAGCUUUGAAUAUGUUCACAUCCAUAAGGUGGAUAGCAUUCAGGCCAAACCAGAAAUGGACCGCCUUCAGCCAUUGUCACUUCCUUGGGAUCCAGAUGUUCUGGAGAAGGUUGGGAAUGGGCUGGAACAAAAGACCAACCUGAAUCAUAUCAAUCACGGCUGGUUGAAGCUGCCUCUGGCAUAUGAAGGAAUGUGGCCAGCUGAGAUGCUAAAUUUUCAUUUGGGCAGAAGUACCCAUACUUCUGAUGGUAACAGACUCAUCAGGGCCAAUCAGUACGAAGACAAUAGCACUGGUGGUCAGCGUGGCUGCAGUAAUGGCCAUGAUUCCACUUCAUCGAUGGACCUCACCAUCCUCUCUGGAUCAGAGGCAGAUCCUUGUCACCAAGCAUACACCAAUAGUGAGACUAGGGUGCCAAAUAAUGAAGAAGCCUAUGUCACAAUGGCCAGCUUUUUUGGAAACAAAGGAAAGUUGGGGAACUAGCAAUGUCAGCGCAUGGCAAGUUGUGGCCCUACAGGUAGCAUUUCAAGGCUUUCUACAGAACAAUGAGACAAUUAUAUGAGCCUUUUCAAUUUCACGUUCACUUAUUUUUGGCCCAUCUAAACUCUGAAAUUGCUGCUCUGCUUUUUAGGUGUGUGCAGAGUGGGUCUGCUCCACCCCAGAAUUCAUGGCGGAGCUCCACUGAGGCGAUUCUCCACUCCAAUUUUUGGGGAGUGUCCAUCUCUCAGCACCGUUGGAUAACCUGUCAGAAAACUGCUCCAUUUUAGGGUAACUGCUCUAUUAUCAUCAAUGGGAAUUAACAAAAAUGCAUACAAUCAUCAUUUUUAAAGAUAAAGAGAUGAAACUUGGCACCCUGGUAGCUCUUAAAUAGGGCUUUAGCCAUGCCAAGUUAGAAGCAAAUCCCUUCAUCCCUUGAUUUUUAGGAUUUUUUAAAAGAAAUGUCCCCCUCAAACCAUUCCCCCAUGCAUA